CAGGUAUCGAAAUAGUCAUUAUUACUAGUGGAUUCAGUAUUUUGUGUAAGGUAGUGUAAGGUAUGAAGGGCGAUGAAGUUAUCAGUCAUGCCAGGAAAAUGUUGAAGCUAUUCUCCAAAGGUAUAUGAGAAAAAUCGUAGAUAAGGAUAGUAAUCCUACAGAGAGGUUUUUGAUGUUGACGUUCAACGAAGCAAGGUAAAGGCUAACUACAGGAAGUAAUGAGACAUCGGAGAUAUGGGAUGUACAUUUUAAAGGACCUAUUUGAAAUAUGGGUUUGACUCAUAGGUUGAUGUUAUGGUAAAAUCAUGGAUCAUAGUGUAUAUAGAAGUGCCCAUGGAAGCUUAGUCAGGUUUGCAUAGAAUAGUAUUACAAGUGCAUUAUGCUGUUGCGUAGCCUGUUAAUAAAUGUGCAGAUUCGUCCAGUGCAAUGCUGCGAAAACUUCAAAUUCAAAACGAGACGCUCACGCAAGGCUGUAAUUGGUGCAGUGAAACUACUAUUUCAGUCCGCGCUAUGACACGUAGAUCUGGUGAAGUGGGAAACAAGCAGCUGCCGUCAGUUUUAAGCUAUUGAGAGAACUCGUUUCUACCGGUUUUUCUUUUUUUCUUUUUUCUUGAACUGACGAGUUUUUAGACAGCUUUGUUAUGUCGAGAACUAGUCGGCGAUACAAGCCUUUGCAGGCAAAUAAAGGUACCCUCCCAGGCUGCGACUCGGUUCGGAUUCCCCGUGCCCGUGUACUGGUCUUCUGUCUCAUCGGUGUUCUGGUUCUUGCUAUGGUGUUGGGCUUGUAUUUGUCAAACGAGACAAGCAUCAACAACAAUAGGAUCCCCGUCGUAGAUUUGGCAAAAGACAGGUUAUCCCAUAAGGCCAGUAAGUUUUCGCCGUCCCAGGUGCAGCGGCUGGCGUCUCAGGUGGACGGAACACGUCUGUGGGAGACUCACUUGAGGCCCAUACUCAUAGAGCGACUCCCCGGAACUCCGGGCAGCCAGUCAGUUCGUCAGCACAUCUCCUCCACUUUGUCAUCACUGUCUGCUGGCUGGACGGUAGAGCUCGACUCUUUCUUGUCACCAACGCCACGAGGUCCGGUCACCUUCUCCAACAUCAUUGCGACCCUUGACCCCGGGGCCCCUCGCAGGCUGCUGCUGACUUGCCACUAUGACUCCAAGGCCCUGCCUCCAGACCCCCGCGCCCCAGAGAGGGUGUUCUUGGGGGCCAGUGACUCUGCGGUCCCCUGUGCCAUGAUCCUAGAGCUGGCUACUGCCUUGGACGCACAGCUCAAAGCCCUCAAUCAGCAGGCGUCGGCCGUGACCCUCCAGCUGGUGUUUUUUGAUGGAGAGGAGUCGUUUGAGGAAUGGACGGACACAGACUCUCUCUAUGGAUCCAGGCACCUGGCAGAGCGCAUGGCCCACACACCUCACCCACUGGGCUCCACACACACCAACCUGCUGCAGGCUGUGGACCUGUUCGUUUUGCUGGACCUGCUUGGUGCUCCAGACCCUCUGAUUGUUAAUCACUUUGAUAACACUGCCCGCUGGUUUGACCGCCUCAUUGCUGCAGAGAAGAGACUGCACAGGCAGGGGCUGCUGACCUCUCACCCCUCUGAGCAGACCUACUUCAGGAAGGACAUGUACCUGGGCCCCGUGCAGGAUGACCACAUCCCCUUCCUCCAUAAAGGUGUUCCUGUGCUCCAUGUCAUCGCCACACCCUUCCCCUCGUUCUGGCACACACUGGAUGACACCGAGGAGAACCUUCACCGGCCCACAGUCGAGAACCUCACCAAGGUCCUGGCCUUGUUCUUGGCUGAGUACCUAGGCUUUUAACCACACCUGCUCCGAGUCCGUGUAGGAAACACACUGACAGGAGUGGGAGCAGUUUUGCACAGACUUGGUGAAAACAAGGGCUGCUGUUUCUGGUAUCACCAAACCCAUCGGACUGGAACCAAUGAGCUCAUAAACACUGUCUGGGAGCAGAAUGGCACUGGCACUACACAGCUGGAUCCUGGCUUGUAUCACAGUAACGUGUGAUGUUAUGAAGAGGCUGAAGAGUACACUUAUUCUAAUGAACUGAUUUAAGACAAUGCUUUCCUAAUAAUGUCUUCAUGGCUUAUAUUGAUCAUCACAUGAUUCAAUUUUUCUGUGAAUUUCAGAUUUUAGAAUUGGUUUCAGCUUAUAUUCAUGCGAGUGGAAGUGGCUGGAAACGUGCAACAUGGCUCUCUGUUGUUGAGGCCUGUUGUUUUAUGUCCUCCGUCAUCAUGGUUUAGUGCUAAUUUUGAAAAGGUGAACAUCCAUACAGCAUCUGUUGUAUUCCUGGUGAAAUAAUAGUUGGAGAAAUCCAUCUGAAUCAGCAGUGGUGUUCAGAAUCUAACAGGCCAACAAAAUGUGAAGCCAACUACACACUGGAUAGUAAAAGAGAGAUUGGAAGGACUCUGCUGUAAGAGGCUGUCUGUGAUCCACUACCAAUUGGCUUUGGUUCCUCUCGAACAUACGUUGUUUUUGGUAAGCAUGAAAUGGAGGAUCAGUUUUUCAAACAUGCACAGUUUAUUCUCAAAUGCUUCAAAGCAUGGCAGUGAUUUAGCUUGUGCUGAUAACAUGUUUGUUUUCUAUUAAACUUGGGGGGGGGGAAAUGGUUCAACACUUCAAAAGCUAGUCUUUGAUACAGGAUGUCAAGAAUCCAAAAAUGAAACAGCUUUGCUACUUAAAACAUGCAACAGUUGAUUUCCAGUACUGGAAAGAUUUAGAAAGGUCUCCCACCCACAUGACUCAAAGGAGGGGGCUGAGAGAGGGGUCGGGCACAGGAGAAGAGAGGACUUUCUGGAGGUGAAAGGUCAUCAGAGGAGGGGUAAGCGUCUCGGGUCCUGUUGGAGCUUAGAGCUGAUCCACAACCUUCUAGUUCACUUGAGAGGGAAAGAGUUUGUGUGAGUUGUCAGUUCCCUACUUGGGCCAGAAGAGGGCAGAGGUAGAUCACUGUAAAUCAGAGCUUUGUGAGAGAAAGGAGCACAUCUUUUAAACUUGCAUUCCAAUUCCUUCUCCCCGUGUUUCAAGGAGGGGCACGUACUGGAAUGUUAGCUAAAGGGAAUGGUGCUCAAACUAGAGAAGCACAGUCCUAAAGCAGUAACAGUCCUGAAACAACAAUUCCCCAAGAUUUUUUCUAGUGAAACUUUCGAGAGGCAGGGAAGACUCACCCGUUAUUUCCAUGAGCUGCGCGGUCUCUCUGUCGUCGGUUCUUGAACCAGUUGCUCACCUGGGUGGCUGUGAGCCCAGUGGUAGCCGCAAGCUCGCGUUUCUCACAAGGCGAGGGAUAGGGUUUAUGGUAAUACCACUCCCUCAGGACACUCCGGGAUUUCUCCUGUGAAAAGGAACACCAACCUUUCACUUCUGAAUCAAGUUGAACAAUGAUCUACAUUUCAUAUCGGCAGUAAGAUGCCUCCGUUUCUAAUAUUUUCCACUAACGUGAGGGGAGAGAACUGGACAGGUUAAAGCAAAUUCCCCCUGGAUGUACCACCUUCAACCAACCUGUGGAAAUUGGUGAUUAGUGCAUAUGAAUAUGAGACCUGACAUAAUGUACUGUCUAAUCUUCCUGACAUAAAGGCCUUUCUCCUGUA